CCCCUCCCCCUCUUCCUCCCCCUUCACACCCCCUACCCCCUGCCUCGGUCCCGCUGCCCGCCUGAACGCCAUGUCUCUGCUCAGCCGCGCCCAGGCCUUCGGCCUGUCCUCCGUCGCCCGGCUCGCCGCCGCGCGCUCUUUCUCCUCCGCCGCUGCCGCCAUCACCCCGAACCCCAGCAUCACCUCCUCCGGUGUCGUCAUCGCCGACUCCAACCUGCUGGUCAAGGAUGAGGCCGCCGUCUUCGACAACCCGGAGCUGGCCCACAUCGAGAACCGCGAGACCGUCCGCCUGAACCUCUUCCAGUCGGUCAACAACGCCCUGUCCACCGCCCUGGAGACCGACGAGUCGGCCAUCAUCUUCGGCGAGGACGUCCAGUUCGGCGGUGUCUUCCGCUGCACCAUCGACCUGGCUGACAAGUUCGGCAAGGACCGUGUCUUCAACACCCCCCUCUGUGAGCAGGGUAUCGCCGGCUUCGGUAUCGGUGCCGCCGCCAUGGGUGCCACCGCCAUCGCCGAGAUCCAGUUCGCCGAUUACAUCUUCCCCGCCUUCGACCAGCUCGUCAACGAGGCCGCCAAGUACCGCUACCGCUCCGGUGGCAUGUUCGACGUCGGUGGCCUGACCGUGCGCACCCCCUGCGGUGCCAUCGGCCACGGUGGCCACUACCACUCCCAGUCGCCGGAGGCCUUCUUCACCCACUGCGCCGGUAUCAAGGUUGUCAUGCCUCGCAGCCCCAUCCAGACCAAGGGUCUCCUGCUGGCUGCCAUCCGUGACAAGAACCCGGUUGUCUUCCUGGAGCCCAAGCUCCUGUACCGCGCGGCCGUCGAGCCGGUCCCGGUGGCCGACUACGAGCUCCCCCUCGGCAAGGCCGAGGUCCUGCGCAAGGGCAAGGAUGUCACCGUCGUCGGCUGGGGCUCCCAGAUGUACGUGCUCGAGGCGGCCGCCGACAUGGCCCGCGAGCAGCUCGGUGUCGAGGUCGAGCUCAUCGAUCUGCGCACCAUCUCCCCCUGGGACGUGGACACCAUCGAGGCGUCCGUCAACAAGACCGGCCGUCUGAUCGUCUCGCACGAGGCCCCGCUCACCAGCGGCUUCGCCGCCGAGAUCUCCUCCACCAUCCUGGAGCGCUGCUUCCUGCGCCUCGAGGCCCCGAUCCAGCGUGUCUGCGGCUGGGACACCCCCUUCCCGCUCAUCUUCGAGCCCUACUACGUCCCGGACAAGCUCCGCAACUUCGAGGCCAUCAAGAAGGUCAUGGACUUCUAAGCACGCGCGAACGUCAGCGCAGUUGCGCGCCCCGCCCCCCCUCCCCCCAUCUUCCCUUCUCUUUUCCCCCUUCGUUUUAUGCGUCGCGCCUCCUCCUUCACACCCCCCCCCCCGUGUACCAAUUACUACAUGCACACUCGCACAUACACACGUACAUGGUC